GUCAAAAAAGUAUACUACGACUUUUAUUUUAUUAUUUUGUUUUCAGACUUUUAUUAGGGUUUCGAUUUAUUGCAUUUCGAUCGCAGCAGAGGACCCGAGAGAAAAUGGUGAGAGGAAUGCUGCGUAAACUUGCUAACCAGUCUCUUUCAGUCGCCGGAAAAUGGCAGCAGCAACAGCUCCGCCGCCUCAACAUCCAUGAGUAUCAGGGGGCUGAAUUGAUGGGAAAAUAUGGAAUCAAUGUACCGAAAGGUGUUGCUUUUGCUUCCCUUGAUGAAGUGAAAAAAGCAAUUCAAGACGUGUUCCCUAACCAAAAUGAGGUGGUUAUUAAAUCACAAGUCCUUGCUGGUGGACGUGGCCUUGGAACGUUCAAAAAUGGAUUUCAGGGUGGAGUUCAUAUUAUCAAGGCUGAUCAGGCUGAAGAAAUUGCCAGUAAAAUGCUUGGACAAAUACUUGUUACUAAGCAAACUGGAGCUCAAGGAAAAGUUGUCAGCAAGGUUUACCUAUGUGAAAGGAUGUCCUUGGUUAAUGAAAUGUACUUUUCAAUUAUACUUGAUCGUGCAACCGCUGGCCCUCUCAUUAUUGCUUGUCGAAAGGGUGGAACCAGCAUCGAAGACCUUGCAGAAAAAUUCCCCGACAUGAUUAUAAAGGUUCCAAUCGAUGUUUUCAAAGGAAUCAGUGAUGAAGAUGCUGCGAAGGUUGUUGAUGGUUUGGCUCCAAAACUAGCUGACCGAAACGAUUCAAUUGAACAAGUGAAAAAGUUGUACAAACUUUUCUGUGAAACUGACUGCACAAUGUUAGAGAUCAACCCCCUUGCAGAAACAUCUGACAACAAGCUAAUAGCUGCAGAUGCAAAGCUCAAUUUUGAUGAUAAUGCUGCUUACCGUCAAAAAGAGAUCUUUUCUCUUCGUGAUUCAUCACAAGAGGAUCCCCGUGAGGUUGCUGCCGCAAAAGCUGAUUUGAAUUAUAUUGGCUUGGAUGGAGAAAUUGGUUGCAUGGUUAAUGGUGCUGGAUUGGCUAUGGCUACUAUGGAUAUUAUUAAGCUCCAUGGGGGAACGCCAGCCAAUUUUCUAGAUGUGGGUGGAAAUGCUUCUGAAGGCCAGGUUGUGGAGGCCUUCAAAAUUUUGACUGCAGACGAGAAGGUGAGAGCUAUUUUGGUGAACAUCUUUGGAGGAAUAAUGAAGUGUGAUGUGAUAGCCAGUGGUAUUGUUAAUGCUGCCAAACAGGUUCAACUGAAAGUGCCUGUGAUUGUUCGUCUGGAAGGCACUAAUGUCGAACAAGGGAAGAGAAUUCUCAAGGAAAGUGGCAUGAAACUGAUAACUGCCGAGGAUUUAGAUGACGCAGCUGAAAAAGCAGUCAAAGCCUUAGCUUAGUUGAAAGAACAAAAAAAAUAACAAAAAUUGUUAUAAUUCCAAUUUGUAAGCCUUUUGAUUGGCUUCCUUUUUUGGCUGGGAUAAUCUGAAUGUGCAAUUCUUGAUUUUACAAUAAAACAAUGAGCUACACUUAUUGUCAACACUUGAGCAAGCUUGGUAUUCGGUUAUAACUUAUCCUUCUGAUUGAUGUUUU